AUGCGCCAGACAACAGCACGCCUCCUCCAGUGGUUUCGCCCAUUAUAUCAUGAAAACCCUCUAGGCUUGCCCCGAUCUGGCACGCCGCCAACCUGGGCAAAACGUCCCCAGCGACGCAAGAUCACUGGAGUUGAAAAGGUCAUCGCCGUAUCAUCUGCCAAGGGCGGUGUUGGGAAGAGCACAGUCGCGGCCAACCUAUCCCUGGCUUUUGCCAGAUUGGGGUUCCGAGCAGGCAUUUUAGACACAGAUAUAUUUGGACCGUCGAUUCCAACACUAUUUGACUUGUCCGGAGAGCCAAGAUUAUCAAAAAAUAACCAGCUGGUUCCUCUCACGAAUUAUGGUGUCAAAACCAUGUCAAUGGGUUAUCUAAUUGGCGAGAAUGCGCCGGUUGUCUGGCGAGGACCAAUGGUGAUGAAAGCCAUCCAACAGCUACUUCACGAAGUAGACUGGGGCGGUUUGGACAUUCUGGUUCUCGACCUGCCACCUGGUACUGGUGACACACAGUUAACCAUAACCCAACAAGUCAUUUUAGAUGGGUCUAUAAUCGUCACAACCCCUCAUACCCUGGCAACGAAAGACGCUGUCAAGGGUAUCAACAUGUUCAAGGCAGUGGGUGUGAAUAUUCUAGGUCUGGUCCAGAACAUGUCACUGUUCGUAUGUCCCCAUUGCCAUGGCGAGACGAAUGUGUUUGGGUCGAAUGAAAGAGUCGAGAGGUUGUGCAAAGAUCAUGAGAUAUGCUUCUUGGGCGAUAUUCCUCUACAUCCAAACAUUGGAGACGAUGCUGAGAAAGGGAAGCCUACGGUCGUGGCCGAACCAUCAAGUGAGAGAGCAUCGGCGUUUCUACGGGUUGCCGAUAAAAUCUUGCCAAAAGUUGGCUUGGAGAGGAAUUAG